UGCGCGCCCGGCCCUGCCCCGGACGGCGCCCGCCGCCCUUCGCGGGCCGACUGAGGCUCGCGGCAGGCCUCCUGCUCCGCCGCAGGGCGAUCGCCUCGUCCAGGUUACACCGCAGCCAGGUGGACGACAGGAUCGCAAAAUGUUUCAGCGCCAUCUCUCCCAAGUAUAAUGAGCCACCCACUUUUCCUCGGCACCGGUGCGAUCCUGGGAAGGGACUGUGGGGAGGUGACUUGGUCGUCUUGGGUCGGCGAACUUGGCCGCAUAUUGGAGUCCUGUGAGCAGCUCCGAAGACAACUGACGCCGCCCAAGCCGCGUCCCUGAACGGCUCAAGAAUGGGACAUGGAUGCCCGGCGACCAAUGCCUUUUCAGUUCCCACCCUUCCCAGAUAGGGCGCCUGUCUUCCCUGACCGCAUGAUGCGGGAGCCCCAGUUGCCCACGGCGGAGAUCUCACUCUGGACCGUGGUGGCUGCCAUUCAGGCUGUGGAGAGGAAGGUGGACGCCCAAGCCAGUCAGCUGCUGAACCUGGAGGGACGCACGGGGACCGCGGAGAAGAAGCUGGCCGACUGCGAGAAGACGGCCGUGGAGUUCGGCAACCACAUGGAGAGCAAGUGGGCCGUGCUGGGCACCCUGCUGCAGGAGUACGGGCUGCUGCAGCGGCGGCUGGAGAACCUGGAGAACCUGCUGCGCAACAGGAAUUUCUGGGUCCUGMGGCUGCCCCCCGGCAGCAAGGGGGAGGCACCCAAGGUCCCUGUGACUUUUGUCGACAUUGCGGUUUACUUCUCUGAGGACGAGUGGAAGAACCUGGAUGAGUGGCAGAAGGAGCUCUACAACAACCUGGUUAAGGAGAACUACAAAACUCUGAUGUCCCUGGACACAGAUGGCCCCGUGCCCAAGCCAGAUGCUCCAGCCCCGGUGGAGCCUAGGGAAGAGCCUUGCGUGUGGGAACAACGUCACCCUGAAGAGAGAGAAAUCCCAGUAGAUACAGACACAGGAACAGAACCCCUGGUGCCUGCACAGGAUGCAUCCUCCCAAGUGAAGCGAGAAGGAGCUCUGUGUGUCCGGGGCCAGCGGGGCCUGGAGGAAAGAGCCAUCCCCACAGAAUCUAUCACGGACUCCCCCAUCUCUGCCCAGGACCUCUUGUCCCGGAUUAAGCAGGAAGAACAGCAGUGCGUAUGGGACCAGCAGGAUUUGGCAGAAAGAGAUAUUCCCACAGACCCCAAUUCAGAGUCUCUCAUCUCGGCACAUGACAUUUUGUCCUGGAUCAAGCAGGAGGAGCAGCCGUAUCCUUGGGGCCCUCGAGACACAAUGGAAGGAGAGCUUGGACUGGACUCUGGCCCCAGUGACAGCCUGCUACUGGUGAAGAACCCACCCCAGGCCCCUGCUCAGCCCCAGCCKCAGCCUCAGCCUCCCCAGCAGAGCCUGCCGGCAUUGGCAGUGCCUGAGAACCCUGGUGGCCCCGGGAGCCGGGGGCUGCUGGAUGAGGGCUUUCCAGCCCUCCCAGGGGAGCGCACUGUGGGCGAGGCGCCACUAGGUGGGGAUGGCAGUGCAGGGAGCAGUGGCAGCGGAGGUGGCGGUGGUAGCGGUGGUGGCGGUGGUGGUGGAGGCGGCGGCGGCGGCAGUGGCACUGGUGGUGGCACUGGUGCAGGUGGAGGCUGUGGCAGCUGCUGCCCCGGUGGUUUGCGGCGGAGCCUCUUGGCACAUGGUGCACGCAGCAAACCCUACUCGUGCCCCGAGUGYGGCAAGAGCUUCGGCGUGCGUAAGAGCCUCAUCAUCCACCACCGCAGCCACACCAAGGAGCGGCCCUAUGAAUGCGCCGAGUGCGAGAAGAGCUUCAACUGCCACUCGGGCCUCAUCCGCCACCAGAUGACGCACCGAGGUGAACGGCCCUACAAAUGCUCCGAGUGCGAGAAGACCUACAGCCGCAAGGAGCACCUGCAGAACCACCAGCGGCUGCACACAGGCGAGCGGCCCUUCCAGUGCGCGCUCUGUGGGAAGAGCUUCAUCCGCAAGCAGAACCUGCUCAAGCACCAGCGCAUCCACACGGGCGAGCGGCCCUAUACUUGCGGAGAGUGCGGAAAGAGCUUCCGCUACAARGAGUCACUCAAGGACCACCUGCGUGUGCACAGUGGCGGCCCGGGCCUUAAUGCCCCUCGGCCGCUCCAGGCCCCACCCGAGCGAGACUAGGGCUGGGCUGGGGGCGGGGGAGGGCCAGAAUGG